AUGUUUAAAAGCAUGUACACACAUAUGCCAACUUCUUGUAUAACAUUACAACUAACAAAGAAAAUGAUGAGAGUUAUCACCUUGUUAAGAAAUACCCUCCAAGGGGUUGAAAUUUCUGAAGAAAACAUGGAACCUAUGAAUGAGUUGGUAGUGAUGAAAAAGGAGCUCUUUCAAGUUCUUGAUCAAGUCCUUCGUGAAACCGUUUCUUUCCCUAAUGAUCAAGAAAUCGGAAACUUUUGUUUGGAAAAUGCAUGUUUGAUCUUUUGCACAGCUUCGAGCUCGAUUAGAUUGCAUGCUCUUGAGACAAAUGUGGAAUUAUUGGUAGUUGAUGAAGCUGCUCAACUGAAAGAAUGUGAAUCUUUUAUCCCUUUGCAACUUUCGGGUCUUCGUGAUGUUAUACUCAUUGGGGAUGAGAUGCAACUACCUGCAAUAGUUGGGAGUCCGAUAUGUAGGGAAACGAAGUUUGGAAGGAGCUUAUUUGAAAGAUUGGUGUCACUAAAACAUCCGACACUCCUACUUGAUGUCCAAUACAGAAUGCAUCCUGAAAUAAGCCUCUUUCCUAACCAAGAAUUCUAUGGAAACAAGAUUAAAAAUGGCCCAAACGUAUAUAUACCAAAUUACAAAAAGCAGUUUCUUAAAGGAGACAUGUUUGGACCAUACUCCUUCAUUCAUUUAACCCAAGGGAAAGUCGAAUUCGAUAAAACCAACAGUGGAAAAAACAUGGAGGAAGUAGCUGUGGUUGUUGAAUUGAUUACAAAGCUUCAUGAAGAAAGUGUCACGAAAAACAGAAAGAUUAGCGUGGGUUGCGUAACACCAUACACGGCUCAAGUUUCUGCAAUACAAAGUAAACUUUCAGACAUUUAUCAAGUCAUAAAAGCGGGAAAACAUGAGUUUUCUUUGAAUGUUAAAACUGUUGAUGGGUUUCAAGGGUGUGAAGAGGAUGUGAUAAUCAUUUCAACUGUAACUGGAAUUUCGAGUGGAUCUAUUGGUUUUCUAGCUAGAUCUCAAAGAGCAAAUGUGGCUCUAACACGAGCAAGGCAUUGUUUGUGGAUAUUGGGAAAUGGAGAUACGUUGAGGAAUAGCAGCAACACAUGGAGGCGAUUAGUCAACAACGCCAAGGCUCGAGGUUUUUUUUAUGUUGGUAAUGAAGACGAGAGUUUGGCUAAUGUGAUCAAACAAAGGAAUUUAGAGGUUUCAAAGAUGUGGUCAAAGGGUGAUGAGAAUGGAUUCUUAUCAAAUGGAAUUUCAGCAAUGAGUUUGAGAGAAGAAGCAAGCUCAUCAUCAUCACCAUCAUCUGGAUUAUGUUUGGAGGGACAUAAAGCUCAGCAAAAGCACACAAAAUUUUAG